GUAUUUCCUGCGGGAGUUCCAAGGGGAAAGGAAAACUAAAGUUCUGUUGAAAAAGUACCCCAAGCCAUCAGCAGUCUUCAGACUAGUGCAUAGAAAGCCGGCUUUUAACGGGAGCCCCAGCAUACGAGGGACUGCAGGUACAACCAAGAGUUUCAGAGGGUCCGUACGAUGUCCAAGGCUGACUGGGGCUUCUUGGAGCGCUUGCUGGAGGAGGGACAGGAGCACUCGACGGGCAUUGGCAAGGUGUGGCUGACGGUGCUCUUCCUCUUCCGGAUCCUGAUCUUGGGCACGGCGACCGAGUCCGCUUGGGACGAUGAGCAAUCCGACUUCAUCUGUAACACGGCUCAGCCCGGGUGUACGCUGGGCUGCUACGACAAGGCCUUCCCCAUCUCGCACUUCCGCUUAUUCGUGCUGCAGGUCAUCUUCGUCUCUACGCCGACCGUCUUCUACUUUGGCUACGUGGCCUUUCACAACAGAAGGAGAGUGAAGGAAUUGGAGGAGGCGGAGGUACAACACUUGGUCGCAGGAAAGGACAGGGGUUGCAAUCAUCUGACUGUUAAUGCGAAUGUCAAAAAGGUGACUAAGGGCCAUACAGGCACCUUGGUGCGGUCUAAGCUGAAGGGCAGGCUACUCUGUACUUAUAUACUUAGCAUCUGCAUAAAGAUGAUGAUUGAGGUGGGCUUUAUGUUGGGGUUAUAUUUCCUGUAUGGCUUCUUCAUCCUCUCCAAGUUCGAAUGUGAACGCCUGCCAUGUCCACACAUGGUGGACUGCUUUGUCUCCCGGCCCACCGAGAAGACUGUAUUCACCAUCUACAUGCAGAGCAUCGCUGGGGUCUCCGUGCUACUCAAUGCUAUGGAGCUCCUCAAUGUCCUCCAGUUGGUCAGAAGCCUCCGCCAGGAGAAGAAGCUCCUUAAAAGACACCAGGAUUUGAUGCUGUCCAACGUGGGCCGCAUAUCCCCUUUGCAGUGUCCGCCAUUCUGUCAGGAGAGGUGUGAGCUGUCGAUGAACUACUCCCAACCGUACAAGGACUGCAUAUUGAAGGAGAACAAGGAAAACCAAGACCAGGGCAUGGGCCAGUGUUCCCCUACAGCUUCACUGCCAACCUGCUUGAACUAUCCCCCCCCCACCUUGACCUCCUCAUCCAAGCCUGACUCAAAAAGGUCAUCUCACAAAGGAGACAGAAGCCACACAAAGAGCACCUCCCAACAGAAGCAUUAUGUCUGACAGGCGAUGUUCGUAACUGUGAAUUUUUUUUCCAUGGGGUGGGUAGGCCUAUGAGCACAUUGGGUACAUUCCGUUCCGGCUCCUUGACUGAUUUCAGAGACACUGGGUCUCAGCUCAUCUUUGGCUGGUGUUGCAUAUCCCGUGGGCCUCACUGGUCAACCCUGGCACAUAGACUUGGCAGCGGCUUAGGUUGAUGGUCUCGGGCCGAGCCACAGGCUGAUUCGUCACGCCGAUCGGGCAGAGGCUGUGUAAACGGUCCCUGGGACCAGCUCUCUGGUACUGUAUGGGGACACGGAUGAGGUGGGAAUCAGGCAUGAAGAGGAGCUGCCGAGAAGGGCAAAAGAGGAAGCCAUCUUGUGUUGCUACAUCGAGACGAUCAGUACGGUACAACGGCAAGGAUUUUCAACAACGUGAGCAUUCUGAAAGAGUGCUGAUGCUGAAUUCACAUGUAGAAUUUUUUAUAUAAUUUUUAUGUUAAUGUACAGCUAAUAUGAUAAAGUUUAUAUUUUUAUCAAAAAACAUUAUUUAAAUCUAUCGAAUUAAUAGUAUAUUUAUUGAGACAGAAAAUGACUUGCACAAUAUAAUAGUUUCUCACCCCAGUAUAAAUGACCAAAUGUAAAUAGUUAAGUAUGGUAUGUUUAGAAGUUGGUAAGUAAAUAAGUGAAGCUAAUUAUCACAGUCUCUGUUCCCAAAAGGAUGCACAGGUUUUAAAAGUGAACACCUCUAUAGUGAAAUUAUAAUAUUGUUCGUUGUUUCUGUGUGAUGAUGAGGUUUGGGUUUGCCUUCACAUACUGUAAAAUGUUAAUGUGUUUGUGUUACUGAUUCAUUCAUUCUGUGCGUGAAAUAAAAGUUUCUUUUAAAUGCAAA